CGAGCUCUGACCGCUCACCUAUAAACCUACCUAGGCGAGUACCGUAGGUACCUAUCCGACGUUUUCUCAUUGAUGGUAGGUACGUGGUUAAAGAUGUGCAAGACAGAUGAUGCCCGGCUAUAGGCAAUUCUACUCAGGCCAAUAGACGCCAAGUUAUUAUCUUCGAGUUGCCUUCGCCGAGGAAGAAGUAGGAUAAAAACUAUGAGCGUGUUGAGUAGCCAUGACCUGGUUGAUUUUCUAGGUGAUCCAACGACUAUCACAUCUCCCCUUCUUAGGCGGCCAGCUGAAUGAAAGAUCUGUGAUGCUUGUUAAAGAUUUAAGAUUUUAACAUCAUAAUAAUGGCAGCGCUCGAAGCCUCCGAAAGACUACCCAGCAAGCGAUGGAGUUCAUUUGUUGGCUGGGAUUACAACGGUAUGAAGGAACGGUUGCAGACAGCAUUAAGGCAAAUCGACAAGGGCGCGCUCGUCCGCCAUGCUGAGCGCAUCACUGGCCAGAAGCUCACCAUGAGCCAGCCGUUCUCGGCUGGCCAAUACUGGAUUUGCUUCGAGAUGAUUGCUGCAGACAGAAGCCUCGUCAUUGCCAGAGUUCGUUUGCCCCGUCAUCCUAACACUCCCAUGACAGUGAUUGAAGAGGAUGAGGCCUAUGCCAUUUCAUGUGAGGUUGCUACGAUGCAGUUUGUUAGGCAGAGACUCAGUGCGGUUUCUCUUCCAUGUGUGUAUGCAUACGAAGGCGUAGGAUCGCAGCUGGCUACUCAUGUUGGGGCCCCAUACAUGUUGCUAGAGGGUUUCUACGGAAAUGCGUUGCAAGAUGUCGAGUUCGACAUUUGCAAUUUAGACACUAAAAUCCAAGAACGUAUAAUUGCCCAGUGGACCAGGGUACAGGCUGAGCUGGCGACUUUGGCUUACCCUCAGAUUGGUUCUAUCUCAUCUAUUUCCGAAUCCAAGGAGCCUAUCAUUGGAAAACUGGCUACGGCUUCCGCCGGCGGACUCAGGGAUCUAGGUCCGUUUUCUAGGGAGGUCGACUAUUUCACUGCUCUCGGGAAUGCUGCUGCCAAUGACCCAGCAACUCGACUAGGGGCCUUUGUCUUUCUCGACAUCGUGAAGACCACCGAUCUAUUCGGCAGUACUUGCACAGAUGGAUCGUUUCCUCUCAACCACAUGGAUCUCGGCACACAGAACAUCCUAGUGGACAAGGAAUUCAACUUCAUUGCUAUCAUAGACUGGGAAUUUGCCCAGACCGCACCGUGGCAGGUCAUCCACUACCCCAUGCCAUUUCCACUACUAGGGCCGGUCGAAGACAUCCUAUAUGACCCUAGUCACAUAGCUUACAAGAACGUGUUUCGCCAGCAUGCCGCUCGAGAAAUCUACAAGGAAAAGUUCCGAGAUGUAGAGGGGGAGCUGAAGACGAGCGGUCGGCCGCUUGGAGGAUCGUUCGCCGCCACCCUGGAUAGUCCUGCAUCGCGGAUAUAUGCUUGCUUCACAAAUUUAGGUCGCAUUCUCACAGCGGAUACUAAUUUGAUGUAUGAGAUGGCACGGCUCGCUUUUGGACUAAAUCCUCAAGGAGCGGAAGAAUAUGUUGAGAAGAUAAAACGGAGGCACCGCCUUUGAGGCAAUCAGGCUUAAGUUGGAGAUUAAUGGGAUUAUUGUAAAUAGAAUACUGUCCCAAAGUAGUGAAUAUAGAGCGAAAGAACUUUAUAAAG